AUCGCCGCCUGUUUCUGACUUCCGAUCACCGUCUGAACUCCCCCAAUUCUCAGUCUUCCUGUAUUGAAUGAAGAAGUUUCGCACUCUAUCCUUUGUCGUGUACCUUCACAUCUUCUUCUGGUAUUAUCAAGUUUCAUGGAAUCUCCUUGAUCGUGAAUUUCGGGUUUCAGGAAUUAUUCGUCAAUUUCUAGCUGAUGGAGAGCAACCGCAAUGGCCGAUGCAUCUUCCCCUUGUCAAGUUUGCAAAUAGGGGAUUUGCAGUGUUAUCUUUCACAUCGUAGCAUUUUCCUAGCCCCCGAGAGUAAGAAAAUUUAUAUCUUAGUGGACAAUCGGCCAUGGUUACAAGAUCUCAUCUCCCACCCAGCACACUUGUGGCAAUUGAUGGUCACUAAGUCUAGAGUAUCCCCCUUUGCAAAUACCAGAGGGCUGAAGGAGAAAAGAGAGUCAGGAGACGGGCAAGCGAAACAAGAGUCAAAUGCAGGCAAUUCAGAGGAGGUUAAAAGAUGGUUCUCUCUGUUAGAUGCUGCGGCUCUGUCUAGGAAAAGUGCACUAUUUCCUGUCAAGAAACUGAAGAUUUCUUUAAUUAGUAGCAACCUGAAUAAGACCUUAUAUGGCUUCAUUGUAUUUGAAGUGGCAUGGCGUGAUGUUCGUGGUAUGAACUAUUUUAACGAGCUUCAGACAGAUACUUCAUUUGCUUUAGAGGCCAAAUUCAUGAGAAGAUGGGAAUUUGAUAGUAUGACACAAGCUGCUAGUUGUUUGCAUUCAUGGUUCUCUGGGACAGAUGUCGAGAAAAGUACUUUGAAAGAAUAUCUGAACCCUAUGACUGGAGAGGAGUUUUAUGAUGCUGAAGUAAAUUUCUCAAGGACCAGUGUUAUAUAUAGCAAUGAUGAUACUGCUGAUGAUUUCGGUAGUGAUGUUAAAUAUUCAGUCUGUACAAGUAAGAGUUGCAGCCUGCCCCCAGAAACCAUAAAGAUCAGCGCAAUUUCAAGUAGCCCAUCUACAUCAAAUAGACCUUAUAAGAGAAGAAAUACACUCAAGGACGGUCUGGGCAUGUUUUCUGAAGAUACUUGCUGUGGGAUAACAGGAGUUCCAGUACCUUCUCAGCAGCCAUACUCAUCUGAUUGUGAAAAUGACAUUGUUGAGGCUACCAAUCUUACCCUGGACUCUGCCAUAUCUAUCGCCCAUGGAUGUGCCCCUUAGCAAGAUUCUUAUAUGUGCUUAUUUCGGUC